AUGACAGCCAUGAGCCAAGCGAGCGCCUACGACAUAGAGCUCUUGGGCCUGCCGGAACUCGGGAAAGACGAAGCAUACUUGCGAGAGUUUCUGAACGCUGCAUGGUGGUCCAGUCUUGGCGACGCGGGUAUAGAGCAGGAGGAUGUGAAACCAGAGGACGAUCCCAUCAAAGAGUGCCGAUUCAAUCAUGGCCAACUGGUUCUUCGCUUCAGUACGCCUGAAGCUGCAUCUUUGGCUCUUGGCCUUAAUGGGCUCCGGUGCAGAGGCUGUGAGCUAAGGUUCAGCAGGCCCAAAGGCUGCACUUCUCACAAGGUGUCCAAGCAACCACACCAGGUGCAGGUGGCCGAUCUGCGUGCCAUCCUUGGCUUCCAGAAGGAGGCUUUCGCCAUGCUUCAAGGAUGGCAAGAAACCAUCUUCAGAGGCAGCAGUUGUUUGCAGGUCUUGGACGCGUGGUCAAACGUGCUACCAGCCAGCCACUACGACAUGUUGGCGGUGGACAGGUCUGCCUCCAGCGAUGAGAUCCUUGCCUCCUUCCGACACCAGCGUUCGUUGGGUUGUGACCGAGGGAAAUUGCGAGAAGCCUAUAGAAUACUGACGUGUGCCGACGCGAAAGUCCAAUAUGAUCACGAACCCGAGCAGUUCAUGUGGGAUGCUCUUCGUGCAGCGAAGCACGAUUACUUCCAGCCAGCCUGCUUCGUGCUGCGCAACUUGGACCGCCUGCGCAAAGGGCUUGUACGACGCAUCCAAGUGCUGCCGCGCCAAAGCUCGCACCUGCGGCGUGAGAAGAAAAUGAUCGUCAACAGAAGUCGGGGAGCUGACCUAUGCAUCGUAUCAUCGGAGCCGCAAGCCAAGUACCUGCCAUCGGAAGUCUGGGUUGCAGGAGAACGAGUGCAACUGUCAGACGUGGAGGCGUUUGUACAUCGAGCAGGUGACGAGGCCGACGGAUUGCGGGCCACGCCAGAGCGCACCAUCCUGACUGUGCCUAAGCCAUUGCUCGACAAGCUUCCCCACGGAGCAGAUAGGCAGAACCUCAUUGAAUCCGUCAAAAGCACAACAGGACUUUCCUUGACCAUAGUGGAGGAUCGGAUGAUUUUGGCGGCACAUGAGCGAGGGCCGCAGGGACAGCAUCUUCUCGCCCAAGCCAUCGCGAUCCUGCAGUCGCAAGUGAUUUGGAGAGCGACUGUGCAGUUCAAUCAUGGCACUUAUCAAGCGUGGGGAUAUGCGAUGUGGGCCGAGAAACUUGGCAUCCAAGUUGUACCGAAUAGGGAGCCAGAUCGCGAGGAAGCAUGGGAGGUGCUUGCAACAACUCAGCAAGAGCUGCAGCUUCCGUCGCAGGACAGCUUUCCUCAAAUCGUCACUGCGACCCUCAGCGCUUUACAAGAGCGUGCCGAUGUCGGCAAAACGGUGACCAAAGUCUUGACUUCGAAAGUUGUUGCCUUUGAAGUGAAGGAAGCCAACUUCGAAGUUCGUGCAAAGGCAAUCUGCCUGAUGAUCCGGUUGUGGGCACGGAAAAGGCUUGCACACAACCUUGGGGACUUUGAACAGGACUCUCUCUUCAAAACUCUUUGGAAGCUGGCGAUAAUGUUGGCGGAUCCGCAGGCGCACCAACUUCUACUUAUUUGUGGUCAAGUUCUUCAAGCGCUGCACCUGGCUUGGAUUCAGUUUCCGGACAAGAGUGGCUGGCUGCCGUGGGACAUGCUCCUGCCUGCAAUAGGCGACCAGCUCGGAGAGCUGCUAAAGCGGGCAGCUGAAGCAGAACACAUUCAAGUGCGCUCGAAUUGGCAGCGCAACGCCAGCAUCGCAGCAUUCAUCACAGAAUACAUCGCUUUCCACGAGUUUCGUACCUGUGAGACCGGCAUCCAGGCGUCCAGCAAAGCUUGGCGCUCUGCUCUCAAGCAGCCGACCUCGGUUGCGGCCCAAAGCGCAAUGCCAAGCGCUACAGUUCAGCGACCUCCCGAAGCAGCCGCAGCCACAGCCUCCCCUCCCAAGCGAGAGAGAGAGCACACCGAUGACGAGAAGCCAGAAAGCAAGGUGCCUCGAAAGUUAAUCGAGGCGUGCGUGAGAAACGCGCAAGCACAGGUUCCCCUGUCACAGUCGCGUCAGACAGGACCCGAGCAGCUAGAGCAAAAAGUCAAGCCAAAGACAAAGGCAAGGCCGAAGGUUUGCCAGAAGAGUGCGGAAAAUGCCAAUACAAACAACAAGCUAGCAGAGAAAGUCACGAAGGUGGUUGACCUGGACACGGAUGAGGACACCACCCCUCAGAAGCCCACGCUCACGUCUCCUCCUGCAAAGCCCGCCAAGUCCACCGGCACGUCUCCCCCGGCAUCCACGCCGCAAUUCGAGCAAUGGUUGAAAGGCUUCGAUGACGGAAAAGGCAAAUUCGCCGAUCUGUAUUUGCAGAAGCUGCAGGAGCAGUUCAGUGACAUGGAACAGUUCAAGGAAUGCGCACAGGAGUUGUGCAAUUGGCAGGGGCAGAAGCUGCAAUUGAGCCACGUGGAGUCAGAGUUCUGGACGGCGCUCGACAUUAAAACCAUGGGCCACAAGCUAAUGUGGCUGAAGCAGCUUCAGAGCCUUUUCAAGACUUGA